UUAUAAAAAAUAAUUUCAGAUGGCUUCCCGGCGGCCCGCGAGGAGGCUCGUCCUCACCGCUCUCUGCCGCGCCUUCUCGGGCCGCGGCUGUCAGCUCGCCCCCGAGCGCGGCGCCGAGCGCAGAGAUGCGGCGCCGAGCCGGGUCUCAAGAUUCUGCCCUCCAAGAAAAUCUCGCCAUGAUUGGAUAGGACCUCCAGAUAAAUAUUCAAACCUUCGACCUAUUCACUUUUACAUCCCUGAAAAUGAGUCACCACUGGAACAAAAGCUAAGAGAAUUGAGACAAGAAACACAAGAAUGGAACCAACAGUUCUGGGCAGACCAGAAUUUGACUUUUCAUAAGGAAAAAGAAGAAUUUGUUCGCUCAAGACUCAAAGCCAAAGGCCUGGAUCUGAGAACCGAAUCAGGUCAGAAAGCAACGUUGAAUGCAGAAGAAAUGGCUGACUUUUACAAGGAAUUUUUAAGUAAAAAUUUCCAGAAGCACAUGUAUUAUAACAGGGACUGGUACAAGCGUAAUUUUGCCAUCACCUUCUUCAUGGGAAAAGUGGCCCUGGAGAGGAUUUGGAACAAGCUUAGACCGAAACAGAAGACCAGCAGUUAGGAGCCCACCCUCACCCAUCCACCCGGUUCCUCGUCUGAGGUUCCUCGAGGAGCAGCUGUCUCUGGGACUCGUUUCACAAGGGUUCUGAAACCUGUGAGCGCAGGGCAGGCUGGAGGACGCGGGUCCUAGUACGUACGCCGAGGCCCACGCGGCUCCGUCCUGACUGCGAAUAUUCCACGCUGGCUCUUGGCCACUGAGAUGAUGGCAAAUAAAACACAAGCACUGUC